AUGUUUAGCUCGUUCAGAAAUGGCCGCAACCUUGUUGAAAAUUGUGAUGUAAGUGAUGGCGAAAUAUCACGUAAGUAUUGCUUUUCUUUCGCACUUUUGACUGAGAUUUUUUAACAUUUUCUUUAAAUUUUCAGUUGACAACACUCUUUUGUUUAUUUUGUAUGUUUAUGUUGAUGGGCAGACACGUAGACAUGGCCUAAGCCACAAAGCACUAAUCAAGGUAAGAUGACACUGUGAUUGUUUACAUUUAGGUUGAUAAACCUUCGAGGAAAUUGCGUCACAAAAUAGUCCGAUUUUAGUGCAUUUUGUUAGUUGUUUUUUGAUGCAUUUUUUGUCGACUUAAUUUCAUGUAGUGUCUUUCAAAUAUGUCAUAAUGUAAAGACAAUUGGUCAAUUUGUGGCUUUACAACAAUUAAAAUUAGAAAUAAGGUCGUAUUUUAUUAAAAAUUUGCCGAAAAUUUGCCCCAUUGUAUGAGCUUUGCCUGGCAAUUUGUUGCUAAGACCCAAAUCACCACUAAGGAGUAAACUGAGAAAAUGAUGUCAUUGUGGCACUAGGUUGCUAAAUGUAACUAAAUUUGUCAUCUGGCAACCAGAUAUGUUGUGAAUUGUUGGUUAAUUUGAAUUUCAUCUGUUUUUAUGUAGCAUUAUCACUUUGCAUUAUGGGCAAGUCUCGAAUAGGACGAAGGAGAAAAUAUUCCCACAGAAUAUACAAAACGAGCACUACAGAUAUUAUCGACGAUGAUCAGGGUUUACCAUACAAGUUUCAGUUCCACCUACGAAAUUUGCCAGCAACAAUCUUCACUCACCCAUCUAUCAACAAUUUUAUUGAAGUCUUCGAAUUAUUGGUUAAUGUUGACAUUUUGGCUGAGAGAUGGACCUUGGUUAACCAUGAUCAUCCAUUCCUGAUGCUUUCCACUUUUUGUGAAAAUGGGACAUUGCCUCCAAGUGUUGAAAAAACCGUGAUUGUCAAUGAAGACCUGACAUGGAACUGUAUAAUUAAGAAUAAGAAUGUGAAGGAGAAUGUACAUGGAAUUUGCAACACUUUAAAUAACACAAAUGCCUUUGUUAUGCUGUUGGAUUUUAUGGAUGCUUGCAAAGUAUGCUCUGGCAUACAAGACAAUAAACUUAUUGAAUUGUCUAAGUUGAAAAACCGGAAUGGAGUGUUUAAAGAUCGACAAGGGAAUAUCAGAGGUGAACUGAAAGAUGAUGACGUUAUCAGACCAGUUGAUUGCCGUGGAGUUGUCCCAACAACUGCCAAUGGUAAUUUGUGUGACUGUUGUAAAUCAUACCGUAAAUGCCUUCUGACAAUUUUGCUAAGAGAAAAAUGUAAGUUGCUGUGUGAAGUAUCUGUGGUGAAAGCAAAUACCAAGGUCAACAGUCAUUGUCCAUGGAAACAUCUAUCGGAAGAAGAACACAAACAAAGGGUAAAUAAUUGCAGGCAAGGUAGACAACAACAAUUUCGUCAAAUUCAACGGCUAAAAAAGAGAUUUGAAGAUGAAUCUAUUGAACUUGUACCAGAUGACCAUACAGUAAUGGAAACUCUCUUCACUGACUUGCAGUCACAAAACAAAUGUGAAAAUAAGAACGACUUUAAAUCCUUGUUGCUAGAAGAGCAAGAGAAAGCAAUGGAAUGCUCCGAUAAAAGGGGAAGAAGAUGGCACCCUCUAA